AUGUUUAAAUCAGCUAUAAUACUUUCUCAACAAUAUAAUAUGACAGUAGAAGGAAAAUUAAUCGAAUGGUAUUCAGUACAAACUGGUGGCGAUGUAAUCAGUGUCCUUCGUGAAACAUGUAAUGUAUUAUCUGGUUCAAAUAUUGUUGGUAUUGUUGGUCCAGGAUUAUCAAGAGAAGCUCAUUUAAUAGCAUCAUUUGCAAGAAGAAUAGGUAUACCUGUUAUAUCAUAUAGUGCAACUGAUCCUGAUUUAUCUGAUCGAAAUUUUUAUUCAAAUUUUUAUCGUACAGUUCCAUCAGAUAAAACAGGUGCUACAGCAAUUGUAAAACUAUUUAAACGAUUUAAUUGGACAUCAUCUAUAAUUAUUUAUCAAAAUGAUCCAUUUGGAAUUGGAGGCUCCAAAGUAAUAACUGAAGAAUUUCUUAAAAAUAAUAUGACAGUUCGACAUUCGAUCAUGUUUCAUAUAUCGACACUUAGUAUUCAAGAUGAUUGUAAAAAAAAAUUAAUGGAGAGUGAAAGUCGAAUUAUUAUUUUAUGGGUUCAAUCAAAUUAUAUACCUAUACUAUUAAAAGAAGUUCUUGAGUUUGAUACAGUUGGUCCAGAAUAUAUAUGGAUAUUAAGUUCAAGUAUUUCAUUAGAUUCUUUUGAUAAAAAAUAUUAUGAAAAGUUAAUUGGAUUAUUAACUAUUGAACCAGUUGCAGGAAUUACUGUUAAUGCUUCAAUAAAUACAACAUUAUUAAAUGCAGCAUAUAACAUAUGGCAAAACUAUGAAUCGGAAUCAUUUCCUGGAUCAUCAAAAGUAAAUUCUUUUGCAUUAUUUGCAUUUGACGCAACAUGGUCAUUAAUUAAAUCAUUACAAAAACUUUGUUCAACAACCGAAAAUAAUUCUUCGUCAUCAUCAUCAUUUUCUUCUUCAUGUUUGUCAUUUAUUGAAUCUCCACUUUGUUUUGAUCGUCGUUUUAGUCAAUCUGAUUUAUUACUAAAGACAAUAAAUCAAAUAGAAUUUCUUGGUGUAUCUGGUGAUAUAAAAUUUGAUUCAAAUAAUCUUACCGAUCGAGUUAAUGGUUCAUAUUAUUAUGUACAAAAUCUGCAAUCUUUUUCAAAUAGUUUGCAUUUUGUUCCAGUAUUAGAAUAUGGUAAUUCUGGUGAUUGGACUUCAAGUCAGCAAAAAAAUACUAUUUUUUGGCCAGGAAAUUCAACAAAAAUUCCAGCUGAUCAUGCAAUGCUUGAAGGUAAAACAUUGGAAAUAAUUGUUUUCGAAUCAAUGCCGUUUACAAUAAUAACAAAUUUUAUUAAUGAAUCUGGACACAAUGAAUCAAAACUAAUCGGUUUUAUACCUGAUCUAAUUGAACUUUUAGAGAAAAGAAUGGGAUUUAAUGCCCGUAUCAAAACAGCACCAUUAAAUCAAACUUAUGCGGGAUUAAUUGAAGAUGUAGCGAAUGAUAAGUAUGAUGUUGUUUUUGGUGAUGUAAGAGUUACCGCUAAGCGAAAAGAAUUAGUAGCUUUUUCUAUUGUAAUAUUUGACAAUUCUUUACGAAUUAUAACUCGACGAACAUCUGAUAUUAAUAUUGAUUUUUUAUUACUUUUAAAACCAUUCUCACAUCAACUCUGGCUAUUAGUCUUUGGCGCGUGUAUCUAUGCUGCUUUUGUACUUUUUCUUAUUGAAAGGCAGGAUAACGAAACAUUACAAAAUCGAUCAAUAUUAUCUCAAUUUCUAAUGAGUGUUUGGUAUUCUUUUGGUAACAUGGUUGGAUACGGCGUUGAUUUUAAUGUUAGUACAGCAGCUGGACGCUUAUUAACUGCUAGUUUAUAUAUGUUAAGUAUAGUAUUAUUAGCGGCAUAUACAGCAAAUUUAGCAUCUGACCUAACAAUAGCAAAAUCAAAAUAUAUUAUUUCGGGAAUCGAUGAUAUCAAAAGUGGAAAAAUCCCAUUUAAUCGUAUUGGUAUUUCUAUUAAUACAUCCGUUGAAGAUUAUUAUUUAGCAUCAAUAUCUAAUGAAAUUCGAAAUUUUUAUCCAUUAAAAACUGCCCAAGAAUUGUAUGAUAGCUUAUUAGCAGGCCUUAUCGAUGUUUCGCUCAUAGAUGCUGCCACAGGUGAAUAUGUUACGAAUAAUAUAUAUUGCAAUUUAACAUUGGUUGGAGAUGAUUUUCAUCAAGGAGAUUAUGGAAUUGUUGUGAAGAAAAAAUGGUUAUAUACCAACGAUUUAGAUGUCAAUAUUUUAUCCUUGCAUGAAUCAGGUGAACUCAAUGAGUUAAGACGAAAAUGGUUUCAAAACAAGACAUGCCCCGAUUCAUCUGAAACAUCGACUGCCCUGAAAAUUCGAUCAGUGGGCGGAUUAUUUUUGAUUUUUGGAUUUAUUAGUAUUCUAUCAUUCUUAUUAUUUGUAUGGUCGAAACAAUCUAUUGUUAAACAUUAUUUCUUUAAUUGA